AUGAGUGCUCAUUUGGAUGAUGUUUCUGAAAUGGAAAUCAUGGACGAUACUAUUUCACCAAAAAGAAGGAAUGUUCAAGGAAAAUGGAUAAUGAGUCGUCAAAAAAACAUGAUCGUUAAUUUGUAUAAGGAAUUAAAAUUGAAAAACCCAAAUAUGCCGUACAAAGAAUUAAUGAAUUCAAUUUCCCAAACGUUGGGUGUUGGCUAUAAUUCUGUUUGUAAUAUAAUUUCCGAAUACAAAACUACCGGGACUGUUAAAUCUCCUAACAAGAAACGUUGCAAAAAGAGUAUGUUCGACAAAAUCGACGACUUGGACAGAAAUGCGCUACGCCAAAAAAUUCAUGGUUUUUGGAUGAAAAAAGAAUUGCCGACAAUUGAUAAAAUUUUGGUAGCAGUAAACAGUGAUCCGGCUCUUCCAAACUUCAAACGGACUACAAUGUAUGAAAUGAUCAAAAAAUUGGACUUCGUAUUCACAAAAAGAAAGAGAUGCAGUGUAUUAACAGAGAGGGAAGAUUUACUUGUUUGGCGUCAGAACUAUUUGUACGAUAUUAGGAAAUAUCGAGAAGAAGGUCGUACCGUGUAUUUCCUCGACGAGACCUGGGUUAAUGCAGGCGACUGUGUUGACAAAUUGAGGGUCGACAAAAGUAUUCGGUCAAAACACGACGCCUUUAAUAGAGGUCUAACAACUGGUGCGACGAACCCGACUGGUAAGGGUCAACGCCUAAUUGUGUUACAUAUUGGGUCACAUAAAGGCUUCUUAGAAGGAGGUUUGUUAUGUUUUGUGUCCAAGAAGAAUAGCGCUGAUUACCACGACGAGAUGAACGGGGACAAUUUCCACAAUUGGUUUGAGUCGAUAAUUCCUCGUCUCGAUCCAAACUCGGUGAUUGUGUUGGAUAAUGCCCCGUACCACUCUGUAAGGACAGAAAGAAUACCGACGAGCUCUUCAAAGAAAGAAUUCAUUUUGUCAUGGUUAAGAUCAAAAGGCGUUGUCAUUGAUAGACCUAUGUUUAAGCCACAACUACUCGCGAAGGUAAAGGAGAUCAAAGGGAAGUAUGUUUCUUAUGUUGUUGACAAUAUGGCUAAAGAUGCAGGUCAUACUGUAUUAAGAUUACCUCCCUACCACUGUGAGUUAAAUCCCAUAGAAUUGGCAUGGGCAAUGGUGAAGAAAAAUGUCAAACAAAAUAACACGACAUUCAAAAUUGAUGACGUAAGGGUACUUUUGAACACGGCCAUUGAACGUGUCACCAGCGAGAACUGGAAAAAUUUUAUUGAACAUGUCAAGACGGAGGAGAACAAACUGACCGAAGUUGACAAAAAUAUGGACGAAAUCAUUGAUAGUUUAGAACCCUGCAUCCUCACAAUAACCGGCGAGACUUCGGAUUCUUCAGAUGUCUAA